CAGAGUUCACUCUGGUGCACGUGGUUUAAAAUGGCUGCGCCCUUCACUAAAUAAUGAUACAGAAGAAAAUAUUGAAACAGCUAAACCCCACCAAAGAAGAAGAAACAGCUAAACAUUUACAGCACAUAGCUACAUUAGAGCUGAAACAUCGCCAAGGGAAUCUUGCUGAAGAUGUCAGAAAACAGCAAUGUCGUUGUACAGAAGGGCACCAGCCGCACAGUUUCCAGAGCCCUGAUCAUUCAAAUGAUGGCGGAAAAUUUCGAACGGUUGCCUGAACUUGACAGGAAAAUCUUCACCUAUGGCCCCAUGUACCUGGGAGGUAAUGGGGCAUUUGCAGGACUGAUUGCCAACACCUUAUACAGGAGAGCACUGAAUGUCACUCAAGGGCGUUUUACAUCAAAUCUCCCAAUGGCUGUCCUACCAUUCUUGACAACAGUGGCCAUGUAUAAUGUAGCUGUAUCCAAACCAUUAUUGUCUGGUGACCUUAACUGUCCAACCUGUGUCCUGAUAAGAGGUGCCCUUGUCGGCGCAGUUGGUGCUGGCGUAUAUCCUAUUCUGUUGGCUUUGCCUGUGAAUGCAGGCCUUGCAACCAGGUACAACACUACACCAUUGCCAGAAAAGGGAAACGUCCUCCGUUUUUGGAUGAACAUUACCCAACCCAUCUUAAGGAAAAUGGGUGUUGUGAUAGUACUACAGGUGUUCUUUGGAACCUACCUAAGCUCCAGACACUUUGACAGCUACUUGAAGUUGAUUCAGUUGUCCACCUCAAAUGGCGAGGAGCUUCAGGAUUAAAACAGUUUCAAACCAACCUAAAUGUUCUGUAUUUUUAUUUUCUUCAGUCCUUGAGUUACAUGUACAAACAUCUGGAUAAUCAUAAUGUAAUGACUCAAUUAUUUCAACGCUAUCGCUGGACUAGAUUUAUAUGCAAUGUCAAAGGGCAAAACAAAAACAUUGGGGUACUGCAGAUUGUAAUUUUCCCCACUGUUUUCAAUGAGGUCGUUUACGGCUGUAUCGGAGUAGAGGCCCAUUCAUAACUGUAAUUCCAAAUAGAUGGCAGCGUUCACACUGCAACGAUAA